AUGCAGCCAGACGGGGAGGCCCUGUGCCCCCACACCACGGGCAGCCCCAGCUUGCACAGGGAGGCAGGAGUCCUCCUUGUGGACCUGGAGACCCCCGAGGAGACACAGGCUCGGACCCUGGGCAGGCCCGUCAAAUCCUCGAAGCAGUACCUGCGGCAGGUCAUUGCAGAAUACGAGGCGCUGGACCGAGAGCUCCCCUGCAUCCGGAAGUUCCCCACACCACCUGCCGCCCAGCCCCUCUGCCUCUGCAUGGAGACCUCGCCCGAGGAGGAUUUUACCCACCUGGAGGUGCUGGAGGCGCUGGAGGCCGAGUUACCCGGGGCCAUGGAGAGCGGGCGCGUGAGCAGCAUCCGCUUUGAGAACCUGAACGUCAUCUGUGGGACCGCCGGCCGUCGGGACCGGUGGCUCAUCACGGUCGCAGACUUCCAGACCCGCUCGCGCCUGCUGCGCUGCGGGCUGCGUCCCCGCGGGCUCGCGCACCAGCUCGUGCGCCACGACGAACUGCUGCUGGGGGACUAUCGCCUGCACCUGCGCCGCUCCCUGGUCCGGCGGCGCAUGCUCGAGGCCCUGGGGGCGGAGCCGACCGAGGAGGACUGAGGCCCGGGUUCGGGCACCGACUGCGCGUGCGCGCCGCCGCGCCGGCUCCGGAGCCCCGAGGGAAGGGGGCGUGGCCGCCCCAGGAAGGAAGCGGGGCCGGCUCGAGGGGGUGGAUACUGUAAGUUUAAUUAUAAAGAAUGACCUGGUACAAAAGCCAUUUCUCUCUGCAAAAUCUUGGUGGGGAGUCAGGGGGAGGGAGGUGAUGGGGGUAGGAAUGAACCCCCAUGUUAUAAUCCUCCUUAAUCUUCCUCCAGUCCUUGCCAGUGGACGUCUGGGUCCCAAUCGAGGGAAGACCUGGGCACCGGGGCUUUCAACGCGUGCCGAGCCCUGUCCCAGCGAGAAGCAGACGUCCUCACCCGCUC